UGUCUCCACACGUUUGUGAAGAGAAAGAGAUUUGACAAUCAAUACGAAAAGUUUGUUGGACGAGUCUAUGAGAUCGUCGAGAAGAACGUCGACUUCAGUAGAGUGACUGCUUUGGUAAUCGCGGGGACGUUCACUGAACGAGCCGCGUUAGCCAAGAGUUUAAUUGACCUUGCAAACAAACGAAGGAAUUCAACAUUGAUAGAAGGGUUUAAGAGAAUAGUUCAAGCUGCGGCCACAAAUGGCAUAUUAUUAGCUGUGAGAGAUGUAUUGAGUGAUUCAAAUAUGGCUACUGUCUUAGAACAAUGCAAAAGCUACAAAGACAUGGAAUUGGUGUCGCAAUUUAAUGAGUCAAUGAUGAGGUCAGAGCACACUGUCGCAAUUGGGUAUAACGACAUCUUGAAAACGUUCGAGGCCGAUGCUAUUAAAGAACUUUUGCUCACAGAUGAGAUGACACGAAUUUGUGGUGUUGACAAGAGGAUGCAGGUAUGUAGAAUCAUUGAGGGAUUGAAAAGAAAGGGUAUUGUUGUCCACAUGUUAUCUGGGAAGACAGAAGCUGGCUGUGAAAUUAUGCGACUUGGUGGUAUUGUUGCCAUUUUAAGGUAUGAGUUAGUUAUCGAUGAGGAUGAUGGAGAAUUUGCUGAAGACUAUAACAGCGACGAGAUCGACUGGUUUGGCAAAAAUGUCCCACAAGCCAUUGGAGAUUACAUUGAAGUUGAUGAGUAG